UUUCAGGAUUUCUGCAUCAUCAAAUCAUAUCAAGUUUUUGGGGGUGUUUAGAUCACGUGAUGCCCUGGACCAAUCAGGACCCGGGACACCCCACCCUCUGUACACUAUGGCAGGUCAAAGUACAAUGAAAAUGGCGGCUAGUCGUCCGAGACGUUUGGUGGCGGUUCUCCUGCAGAAAAGUGGAAAUUCCUCCAGACUGAUGGAUUGAACACAGAUUUCCGGAGCCUGCUCGUGGACUAGGAGAGUUAGUAGGUCCUGAUCGGUAGCUUUCAAUGGUUAUUGGUCCCAGGAUAGAAGGCCAGAGAGGCCAGUUGGUAGUUGCUUUGUUGGUGAGGUGAGGAUCAAGCUGGGCUGGCCGGACCGGAUGCCGAAUGGUGAUCGAGCGACCUGCGCCGACCGAGAUUAUUUCCUUCAUGGAUCCGUUCAGAUCGCGGUUCGGGACGGGUACUAACCGCCGUGGGGUCGAUCGUAAACGUGACAGUGACCCGAAGGCCCCACUAUGGACUGCCGUCUUCGACUACGACGCGAACGCGGACGACGAGCUGACGCUCCGCCAAGGGGACCGAGUGGAGGUGUUGUCCACCGACAGCAAAGUGUCCGGAGACGACGGCUGGUGGACCGGCAAGAUCGACGGUCUGGUCGGCAUCUUCCCGUCCAAUUAUGUCCGCAUGAACGACGCCGUCAACGGAGACGUCGUGCCCUGUAGCAUCGACUUCUCGGAGUUGCAACUGAACGAAGUGAUCGGGUGCGGAGGGUUCGGGAAGGUGUACCGCGGGGCCUGGAGGGGAGAGCUCGUCGCCGUGAAGGCGGCACGACAAGAUCUGGACGAUGAUAUAAAUGUUAUAGUCCAACAAGUUCGACAAGAAGCGAAACUUUUCUGGCUGCUUGAUCAUCCAAAUGUGGCGACUUUGAAAGGAGUUUGUUUAAAACCACCAAACUUGUGCCUAGUUAUGGAGUACUACGAGGGAGGAGCGUUGAACAGAGUACUGGCAGGGAGGAAGAUUCCUCCUGAGAUUCUUAUAGACUGGGCCCUGCAAAUAGCCCGAGGGAUGCAAUACCUCCACGAGGAGGCACCUAUUCCACUUAUACACAGAGACUUGAAAUCAAGUAACAUUCUAUUAGAUGAGCGGAUCCAAUCCGACAACCUGUUCAGGAAGACGCUGAAGAUCACAGAUUUUGGUCUGGCGAGAGAGAUGCACAGAACAACCCGUAUGAGUGCAGCUGGGACGUAUGCAUGGAUGGCACCCGAAGUUAUCAAAACAUCUACAUUUUCUAAAGGCAGUGACGUAUGGAGCUAUGGGGUUGUGUUGUGGGAAUUGCUGACUGGAGAAGUGCCAUACAAGGGGAUCGAUGGGCUUGCAGUAGCGUACGGUGUGGCAGUCAACAAACUGACCCUGCCUAUCCCGUCAACAUGUCCUGCUCCGUUCUCUCAGCUGUUGGAAGAAUGUUGGCAUCCCGACUCGCGGGCGAGACCGACGUUUCGCGAGAUCCUGGUUCAGCUGGAGAACAUCGCCAACUCGGACUUCCUGGACACGCCGCAGGAGUCGUUCCACGACAUGCAGGAGGACUGGCGCUACGAGAUCCAGCAGAUGUUCAACGAGCUCAGGAUGAAGGAGAAGGAGCUGCGGUCCCGUGAGGAGGAACUGACGCAUGCGUUACUGCAACAGCAGAUCCAGGAGGAGGAGCUGAAGAAGAGGGAGAAGGAACUGGCAGAGCGGGAGAUAGAUGUGUUAGAGAGGGAGCUCAACAUCAUGAUCUUACAGCAGAUGGCAGAGGAGAAGCCACCAGUGAGGAAACGGAAAGGGAAGUUCAAGAAGAGCAAGUUGAAGUUGAAGAGUAAACAGGCUCGGAUCAGCAUGCCCUCAGAUUUUGAGCACAAGAUCACGGUCCUGAGAUCAGCAGCGCCCGUUGAUGGGAAGGAGAAGCACUACCGGCCCAACGGUCCGCGCGCCGCCACCGUCAGCCCGGGCAGCUUCCCUCGUCUCAGGGCGAUAGUCUUGAACAAACCAGGGAAAGGGAAGACCUGGGGCCCUAGCUCGGUCCACCAGAAGGAGAAGGAGAAGAGAUUGCGGUCGAUGUCUGAAGGAAACAAGCUGUGGUCCACAAGUGCGCCUACACUAGGGAAGAACCUGACCUUGAAGUCCUACCCACCAGCUCCCAAUAUUAAGAGUGUGCAAGAGACAGACUAUGAUGAUGAUGAGUGGCCGGAGGAGCUGGGUGGUGAGAUCAAGCGGAGGUCAGGUUACAUUGACCUGCCGUACCGACAGAACAGUGAAGAGGACACAGAGAAGUCCCGCUCCCCCAGUAUCACGCCCACCAAUAGCCUCAAGCGAUUCUUUCAGCGGAAGAAGAGUGACCAGGCCCUGUAUGAGUGUGCAGCUAUCCUGGCUAGCGUUGCCGUGGGUUUCGACAUCAGGAUGACAAACUCCCCAUCAUACCUGGCUAGCCUGGACUCCCCUGACCGGGCCACGCCCACAGACAUGGACCACAAGGGGAGCCGCGGACGGAAAAGCCGCUCCUCCACCCCCCACAGGGCUUCCAUCAUCAACUUUGGUUCCAGCCCCCCCAGACUGUCCAACAAGCCCGACCCAGAUGCAAUAAUUCCCUCUGCCCUCUCCCCUGACUCUACCUCAGUACGGCUCAUAGCACUGUCCACCUCCUCCGAAACGGAGAACCAAUCCACCCGAUCGCUGCUGCCAAACGAAAAGAUUCCGGUGUUUGACUCGCCGACCAAACAGAACCCCAUGUUCAACGAUGCACACAUUGUCACCAACAAGUGGACCGAACUGGACCGGUCCCCCAGAGCACAUAGACGAUCACAGUCCUUGGACGACUAUGACGUCAAGAACUGGAAGGAGUACGGACAGAAGUACGAGCACCGAGCAAGCGAUGCAGUAUCCCCAGGGAGCAACUGGCCCUAUGCUGGACAAGGGUCAGGCGCGACCAAGAAGCCGCCUUCCAGACCGGGCUCCAGGCCCACCUCAGGGGACUACGAGGGCAAGUGGGUAGGUGCUAACCGCUGGACCGAUUCCAACCCCGCAGCUCAGAACCAGUUCUCCCCGCAGAGGAGACCGCCCUCCCGGCCACCCUCAGGGGACUUUGACUCCAUUCGCUGGGGCGGUAACGGCAGUAGCUAUGCACAGAAGCCACCGUCUCGCCGGCCACCGUCAGGAGAGUAUGGGUAUGAUGCUGCUAAGAGGGUACAUGUCAGCCGCUAUGCACAGACUGGUUAUCGGAGACCACCCUCGGGAGAGUACGACACCAGCCGACCGAGUGGAGCCGGGCACAGGCGGACACCGUCCGGCUCGGGUGACCAUGAAGCUGACAAGUGGAAUGUGGCCAGCUCAAGAAGGAAAGAGUACGGGCAGCGGAGAACUCCAUCUGAGGAGUACGAGAAUGGCAAUAGACGUUCCAGCCAAAGGUACAACAGUCGCAGAACACCGGACGGAGAGUCCGGGACCCCUGACCCCUGGGUCAGCCCCACCACCCCCCAGACACCAGUGGUACCACCUGUGCCCCCCAAGCGGACAAGUGUGUACACCCAGACAUCCAGUCCUGAAGAUGAGGAGGGAGGGGCCCUACCUGGCCAAGCCAAAGGUGCAGCACAGUCCCAGGCCACCAAAACAUGCCAAACCGAAGGCACAGCAGCCAAGCUGACCAAUCACACAUCAGCCAGACAUCCCCAAACAGAAGGCACAGCAGCCAAGCUGACCAAUCACACAUCUGCUAGACAUCCCGCGCGGGAAUCUGUCGCCUCGGGGCGGCCCAGUCCCCGGGACUCCAGCCCGUGGCGGCUCCCGGAGCCUCCCCCGCCUCGCAGAAAUCUCAGCUCGCAGCAGCUGGAGCGGCCAAAGACACUCGACAUCACCCCCAGACCCAGGCCCACUGCCAAGACCAAGAUCACGUCUCCCGGUGCCACCAGCACGGGGAGUCCCGGCACACCGGUCAGUGUGGGUCCCGCCCCUGGCGAUGUCAUCUACACACCCAAGGUCCCCAUGACUCGGGCUCAGAUCGAGAGGGAGAUUGAAAAGACUCUGUUGGACAUGGACAUGGAGGGUCAGAGUCAGGACGGCACCCAGCCACUGGUCAGACACAGCCCCAAGAAGGACAAGAGGAGACCCACAGUAUAUGAACUGGAACAGGAGUUCUUGUGACCAGGGUUAUGUGUUUGGACAUAGCUCUUUUGACCAGAGCAGUAAGAAGCCAUUUGGGACAGCUCUAGUGACCAAAAACGUGUACACAAUGGAUCCGAUAUUCUGGGAACCCCAAUCAUGGCAAGUUUUGAUUGAGAAGAACAAUCCGUCUCUAGUUCUCUUCAGGGCUGCCGUUGGAACACAGGCUGUUAGAAACCAGCCCUGUGUUCCUAACAUGGAGUUAACUGCCGCUCUCCAGUAAACAUGUGACAUGACUGAAGUUACACAACUGUUGUUCCCGGUAUGUGCUUGUCAAUGUUCAGUUUCUGUUGUUGUUGGCGGGUUGAAGAGGUUAGCUUUUGAAACCGAACUUUGCCUGUCCACCGAGACAGGGAACAGCCAAUAGGUUAGCUGUAUAUUUUUAUUAUAUUACUAUGAAAGAAGAAAGUCAUUUUAGAGGAAAGAAAAGAAUGUGUCAUAAGGUGAGAUAUUCCUUUUAUUAGCUGCAGAUGUACUUUCUGUGUCAGACUGAUACGCAGCAUUUUAUAAUCAUGGACACAAAACAAUUCUUCCUGAAAUUGGAUGGAAAGUUGUCUUGGGGAUGGGCAGUCCCAUUUCCAGUUUGAAAUUUGUAACAUUUACCAUCUGGACACCUCAUGGACAGGUUAGGGGACAACCCUAUCCCUGACAUGACCCAUCCUUAACUAUCAGCCAUGCACGGUGAAGGCCACUCAUGUAUUUUGUUGUUUCUCAAACAUUCUGACUUGAACAGAAGGAGUGAGGACAACGUGAAAAGAGGGAGAAUGUAGCUAUGAUGUGAUGUGAGUGUAAUCCAACAUCUCACUUCUCUUUCAUCAUAAUGUUUUCCUGUUGUCCCAUUGCUUCGUUCUGUCUGUGAACCAACGAAAUCGGUCUGAAUGGGCUGAACUAAGGAUGCACAAGUUCGGAACUGUGAGGUUUGAGAAAUGUGAGUAGGAAUCCAGCCAUUACUCAGGUCAUGUCUGAUACGGGAUUCAAGAUGGAGAACAGCAAAUGUAUAUGAUGGAACCGAUGUAUUUUCAUUUAUGAUAGAAGUAGAGAUUUAUUGAGAGAAAAAUUGGGAGAUGUUUGUAAAUCAGACAUAUAUUUUGAUAUCCCCAGCCCUGCUGGUAACAUAUCAUGACUGGGGCUUAGAGUAAGUUUCCAAUAUUGAGCAGUAUCUGUGAAUAGCUGGGAUUGUAGAUCGUAGUCAGGUCUAGGGUAUUGUCUUAUAAUGUGUAGUGAUUUCGUACAUUUGUAAACUUCGUACUGAAACAUUUUGUCCGAGUGUUUGACAAAAAGAGUAGAUAUAUAUGUGUACACAUCACUUGUAACUCCUAGCUCAUUGGUAUCCAAAAACAUUUAUUUUUAUUCCAUCUGCCAGUUUAUAUUUUCAUAAUGUACUGAUAUAUCCAGUGGUCAUUGGUAUUUAUGUGUUUGGUGGUUAUGUAAGGUGCUGCAAGGCCUGGUAGUGCAUAGUUAAUGCUAACUAGCAGCGUUGCUUUAGUAGGCAGCUGCUGGACAGGUCAGGCAGGUGCUGCCGACUUGUCAGUCAUGUUCUUAAGGGGAGGCAAAGUGGUUUGGGUAGUCCUUGGCGAUGACUUAAGGCAGGGUGGAGUGGCUAAGUGCACCUUCCCUCUGCUUCCACCUGUGCCCUGUUCCAACAUCACCUCUAUGUGCCUAAGUAAUUACACUGUGUGAAAUCUUGAAAACAUUGAGGAAUGGCAGUUCAGAAUGUACAGUACUGUAUUUCUGUAUCGUAUCUAAGAGGCCUUUCUGGUUGUGCCUUUGCAAUGGUUGUGCCUUUCCCACACCUAGACCACUGACCCUCCCCUGUGUCAUGAGAUUUAUAAUGAUUCUGCAAUAUUCCUGGGUGCACAAACGUGUCCAUCCUACCCAUUUCUGUAUAUUGGAUUAUUGUGCAUGAAGAUAUAUUGGUCCAAGAGGUUAAACAAGGUCACUGGGUGGCCAUGGUAACAUUUGAUAUCUCCUGUACGUUGUCAUAUGAUGGAAAACGGUUUUGUCACGAGGGUAUUGUAGAGAUGUAAACCUUAAUCUCAGAGUUCAUAAUUGUAUAUUAUUAAAAUAUUAUCUCGCAUAGCUUGCGUCAGGUACAUAUAACCCUUCAAAUGCAAUAGUCUAGCAGCAAGUUAUAUUGUGUUGAUUUCUGUUGUAAUACAUGUAAAGGUCGUUAGGUGGCGUUUCUAUUGUGAGGCACAUUCACAGCUUGUCAUUUUAACAUCGUUUUGGAUUGCUUCAGAAAUGUCUUCAUUGCUGAAUUCUUGCCAAAGAAGAAGGACAGUUCACUGUUCUUUUGAUCCAUUCUCUGUGCGGUUCACAACAACGAUGCUGAUGCUGACGCCUGAGCAUGUCAUGUAAAGCCCUGUGCAGUGAGAGUUAGGGGACAGAACAAACUCUCUUGAUUCUUCUUUUGCCUUAGACUUGGUGAGAUAUCACCGUCAUCUUUCCACUGUCCCCUGCGUCAUCAAACAUAACUGAUUCCGGUAGGACAGUAAGUCUAACUGCUCUAAAUUAGCGCACUGGCGUCUAUCACAAGCACAGUAACGUUUGCCAUAGAGCACGCCAGUGCAGUGCGGUGAAACUGGUUAGUUCCUUUCUUCCCCCAACAACCCUCUCCUUCCACAUUCCUUCCCUAGCAGGCGCUUUUUCCGGCAUCUCCCAUUCUUGCUGCUUUCUAGUUCUAUCCGUCGUCCCAUGUGCCCCACGUUAACGCGCUCGUACACACCACGAUUGCGCAUGCAGCAACAGGAAGUAUUUCAUUAUCAUAUUAUCUAAGGUACUUAGCUUCCUCCACUGGGCAGCAAUAAUGGCAUAUCCAGUUGCAAAGCUGUGUAAUAGUAUUACAUUUGUUUUCUUUUGUAUGAUUUGUACAUGUACAGCCUCCAUACCAUGCGUACUGAUGGUGCACGUUACAUGAUAUAACGUUAGCGGUUUAUAUGGACAAUGUAUCAUAAUUGGUUGCUCCUUUCUGUAUUAAAGCGAUGUGCAAGAGGGAAAAUAAUAAAAAGUACAUAGAAUGUG